AUGUCUACUAUUAGUUCAGCCCCUCUUCAGCUAUAUUUCUCCCUAUUGAUCUUUACACCUAGGCAGAGUAAAGUCAGAACCACGUUCGAAAAUUCUGAAGAUGGAGUUGGAUGGAUUUGCCUGAAAUCACAUGUGGAAGAGUACUGGAAUAAUUGUCUACAAACGCUGGAGGGCCAUAACGACUGGGUUACGUCUGUGGCCUUCUCACCCGACUCGACGCUCGUGGCAUCAGGCUCAUACGACGAGACGGUGCGAAUCUGGCGUGCCGACACGGGCGAGUGCAUGCAGAUGCUGGAGGGCCAUAUCUUCUGGGUUACGUCUGUGGCCUUCUCACCCGACUCGACGCUCGUGGCAUCAGGCUCAUACGACGAGACGGUGCGAAUCUGGCGUGCCGACACGGGCGAGUGCAUGCAGAUGCUGGAGGGCCACAGCAGCGCGGUUACGUCUGUGGUCUUCUCACCUGACUCGACGUUCGUGGCGUCAGGCUCAGACGACAAGACGGUGGGAAUCUGGCGCGCCGACACGGGCAAGUGCAUGAAGAUGCUGGAGGGCCACAGCAGCGCGGUUACGUCUGUGGUCUUCUCGCCCGACUCGACGCUCGUGGCGGCAGGCUCAUACGACUUGACGGUGCGAAUCUGGCGCGCCGACACGGGCGAGUGCGUGCAGAUACUGGUGGGCCACAGCGACUGGGUUACGUCUGUUGUCUUCUCGCCCGACUCGACGUUCGUGGCAUCAGGCUCAAAGGACGAGACGGUGCGAAUCUGGCGCGCUACCACGGGUGCGUGCGUGGAGAUGCUAUAUGUUGGACGUUCUUCAGAGUGCCUUAAAUUCAGCCAAAAUGGCUCUUAUAUAACAACUGAUGUUGGUGCUUUUGCCAUCCAAGGCAGUGUUCUUGACACAACACAAUUGUCUCUGGAGCGUUUUGGUAUUGGGAUCAGCGAAAAUUGGAUUACAUGGAGCGAUAGAAAACUAAUCUGGCUUCCAGCUGAGUUUCGGCCGCGCUGUUCAUCGGUAUCAGGGACUAAUAUUGUACUUGGGUCUGAAUCGGGGAAAGUAACUAUUAUCGGAUUAUCACCUAAUUGGUUAUGAUGUACGGAUAACCUCCUCAACGGGCUCAAUCACGCUGGGACUACUAACCGAUCCAGAGAUGCAGUGUUAAUAAUUUGGGCAGUAUUCUCUGUAGUUCUCAAGAUCAAAAUCAGGAUAUGCCAUAUCCAUUUGGAAUCUCACAACAGGAAGCAAGGCAGCUCACGCUACGUAGGGAGGCAGGUUACGCGGCUGCCUGGACAGUAACACGUGUCCUUUGCACCGGCUUCCAUCUGUCUCCAUUCGCUUGCAUGCCAUUCUCAUCGAGUUCUGUUUUGAUAUAUCUCGAAAAAUGCCACAAUUUCCACAAAAAGAAGUGAUAGAAUGGUGCUUGACUCAGUGGCUGAAUCUCGACCUUUGAUGGGUUAGAUCUGCCACACAUGCCACGCAUUUAGUGGGAAAUGUCGCUAGUUUAGGUGGGCGGUGCGGCUAAAUAUGGGUACACGCAAAGGUUCGCUGGAAGCCACGUUUUUGAUUUGGAAAGGUGCUCCUCUCAUUACGAGUACAGUCGAUUAGUGAUAAUAUACGAGCCAU